CUCGUACACUGGGUACGCUGUAUCGCCUGGGUGGACAGUAUAGUUACUUCAACAUUAAAUGGAAUAAAAUGCCGCGGAUUCAUGUAAAAAGAGACGUCGCUUCUGCGUAAAUAAUUAACACGUCUUAAUUAAGACAUUAAGACUUCUGGAGUGCGUGGCGAACGGCCUAUUUUCGGCUUUUUAUCAGCAAUAUUUCUGGGAGAGGAGUGGCGUCCUCCUCACCACAGCAGCUGCAGGGAAGUUUGUCACUUUCGUCCCUGUUGAACAAACGAUGAACUGAGGGCCUCCACGCCUCAACGUUUCACAUCUCUUCACUCUCGCCGCCCGUCAGCGUCGCCUCCCCACACCUGGCCAGAGAAAUGUGUGUGUGCGUGUAUCCUUGGAUGCAUGACUGUGUCUGACUGUUUUUGGGCUGAAGUUAGAGGUCUGCACUUCCUCUCUCACCCUCCGAGAGGCGCUUCUCCACUUGACUGACUACGACAUUUGUCUCCGCAACUGCAAAGCAUCAUGGGUAGGAAAAAGAUUCAGAUCCAACGGAUCACCGAUGAAAGGAACAAGCAGGUGACGUUCACAAAGCGAAAGUUUGGCUUGAUGAAGAAAGCCUACGAGCUGAGUGUUUUGUGUGACUGCGAGAUCGCUUUGAUCAUCUUCAACCACGCGAACAAGCUGUUCCAGUAUGCCAGUACUGACAUGGACAAGGUCCUGCUCAAAUACACAGAGUACAACGAGCCUCACGAGAGCAGGACCAACGCAGACAUCAUCGAGACUUUGCGAAAGAAAGGCUUCAACGGUUGUGACAGUCCAGAGCCAGACGGUGAAGACUCUAUCGACCAAAGUCCCCUUAAUGAUGACAAAUACCGUAAGACCACAGAGGACCUGGAUGUUCUCUUCAAACGCUACGGACAGUCGGCCGCUCCACCCCAGACGUUCUCCAUGCCGGUCACAGUCCAGGCGUCCAAUCAAAGCACACUGCAGUUCAGCAACCCUGGCAAUGCGCUGGUAACUACCUCCUAUGUAACAUCCUCAUCGCUCACGGAUACCCACCUCCUGUCGCCACAGCAACCAGCCCUUCAGAGAAACACGGUGUCUCCUGGGUUGCCACAGCGACCAGCCAGUGCAGGUGCUCUUCUUGGAGGUGAGCUGAAUAAUUCAAACGGAGGAUGCCCAAGUCCAGUCCCUAAUGGUUACACCAGUGCCAGGGCCUCCCCAGGCCUCCUCACCGUUUCCAACGGCAACAGUCUGGGGAAAGUAGUCCCGGCCAAGUCUCCGCCUCCACCGCCCAGCCCCCAGAUGGUCAACAGCCGCAAGCCAGACCUCCGAGUCAUCACCUCACAGGGCGGAAAGAGCCUCAUGCAGAUGAACGCCCAGCGGCUGGCAGCGGGAGCGCAGGUGGCACAAAGCCUCACCACACCAGUGGUUUCUGUGGCCACACCGAGCCUCCUGGCACAGGGGCUGCCUUUCUCCGCCAUGCCCACAGCGUACAACACAGAGUACCAGCUGACCAGUGCAGACAUCACUGCUCUACACGCUCUGGCGUCACCUGGCGGCUUGCUGCCAACCAGCGUGUCCACAUGGCAGCAGCAGGCUGUUUCCCAGCAACAACAGCAACAGCAGCAACAACAGCAAGCACAGCAACAACAACAACAGCAGAUUAAUCUUGCAACACUCAGCAACUUGGUCAUGUGGGGCGUGGACAAACAGAGCAGCGAGCUGUCUAGCCAGGUGUCCAGUCUGGCUGCCAACCUGAGUGUUGGCUCUCCGUCCAACCUGCUCUUGGGUAGAGAUGAGUGGUUGGGCCGGCCUGUGACUCAUAUACCUCAAGGUGCCAUGCUGACCGUCAACACCAACUCCUGCGUGAGCAUCAAGUCGGAGCCCGUGUCGCCCGGCCGGGAUCGCAGCACCCCUUGCCCUCCUCCAUCUUCAACCACGCCGUCCUCAACCUCAGGGGGAGCCAUCCUGACCGCACCGCCGCAGUAUCCCGGCUCGCUGCUGUGCCUGGAGCCGCCGACCGGCCGCUCGCCUGCGGACAGCGUCAGCAGCAAUGCCAGCUCCUUUGAAGGCAGUGAUCGUGACGACGCUGCUGCAGCUGGCGGCGGAGGCGCAGGAGGAGGCGCGGGGGGCGGCGGCGGAGGUGGCAGCGGUGCUACAGGAGGCCGCCCUGACUUCAGCCCCUCGGCGGAGCUCCUCAGGGCGUCGAACGAACCGGAGCAGGAGGGAGGAAACAUCAAGCGCAUGAGAUUGGACGCCUGGGUCACAUAGAGUCGCCUGCCGCGGCGCUCGGUGAAGUUUUGGUGACACUUAAACACCCACAACACACCCACACUCAUCCUUUAACCCCCCACUGCCCCGACCCCACUGCCAUGUGACACUAUCAUCACACAUCUGCCUCUGUCCAAAAUUAUGCGACUCAGCUGCGUCACCCAGACUCUCGAGGCUUUGCCAAAAAAUACAUAAAAAAUAUACAUAAAAACCCUUUUGGGGAUCGCGCUCUGAGUGAGGAGAGGACGACUUAGUGCUCAGCUGGAUAUUUUUCCCUGUAGAUCCUUGAAUAGAGGGACGGUAGGUUUUUAAAGCCUUCUUGCUUGAAUGGACUCCCGUAUAGUCGUUUCUUUUGAGGUGUUGAACCUUUUUCUUUUUUUUUUUUUGCAAUCUGACAAAACCAUAAACAUUAAUCGUUCACAUGGUUUCACCGUCAUGUAUUUACAUUGAGCUCUGCUACAUCGUUCACAAUGUGAUUGGUGGCUUGUCGUCGACAUUAUGGGACUUGUAUGACUUCCUGCUAUUUUGAACGUCGUUUUGGGUCGUGUGCUGUCCAUUCUUCCAUAAGUCACUUCCAAACUGCACUUUUGGAUAGAACUUUAUCUGGACACGUUUGAGGACUGAGCAUCUAUCUGGCACUGAGCAAACAGACUCAAACAUGAUCCUGAAUAUACUUCACCAUGAAAGGUUCUUUUUCGCUGCCACAUUUCCCAACCCUCGUGCGCCCCAGGCAGGCCGAGCCCUCAGGUGGAGCUGAGCAUCUCGCCAGAGUGCCAAUAUCAACCUCUCUUCGAUGAAAAACAAAAAAAUGCCAAAUGCCUCUCGCACACGGUGCAGGGACACUGACGAAUUAUCACUGGCACUGAAACAAGAACUAGAAACUUGUUAAUGCUUUUCGAAUUUGCCGUCACUCUCCUCAGACGGGGCUGCUCCUCCCGUCCUCUCACCUCACCUCAUCUCCUCUGGAGCUCGGAUGGAAAUAGUUGCACCAGAAAUCCAGCCAGCCACUCAGCUUACUACCAGGAGUAGAUGCCAUCCACUUAAAUGCAUAGUAUGAGUUUUUUGAGCCUCUCUUGUGGCUUUUUUUUUUCUCGUUGGGUAGGGAAAGUAUUUGGUUCUCUCAGUCCAAGUGUUCUUUAUCUGUUGGUAUUUAAAGAAAAAAAAAAAUCUGUUUUGAGGGUCCGUUAGUCGUCCAGAAGUAGGAAUAUUCUGACUUUGUAUAAAAAU